AGAAAUGGGUGUUUUUUAAUUUUCAUGAAUGUGAUGUCUGAGCUUUUGAAUAUUGAAAUCUACUGUUCAUGAAGCUGACGUGUGAUUUGAUUCUGUAGUGAAAAACAGUUGUGUGUACUAGCACUUCACUGUUUUCAUUUUAUCUAUUUUUAACCUUGUUUUCUUGGACUUUUGGGAUGCUAGAUUCCCAUUUCUCAUUCUUGCUUUCUUCUUGAAAAAGAUCUCAUCUUUUUUUCUCUUUGGGAAAUUUUUAAGGUUUUCUUUCUUCUUCUUGGGUCCAGGAAUAUCUUGUUUGCAUUUUGUGGGAUUUAAAGUUGGGUAUUUAAAUUUGCAUUGUUUAAAGUUUUGAGAUACUUGGUGGCCAUUUUAGGGGUCUGGAUCAGAAGAACUUGCCGGAUCUUUAAGUCAUUCUGCAAAACUGGAAGAGGCGAACUGAGAUUGUUAUCGUCUGGAUUUGGGGAAAUGAUGGUUUGUAGCUGAUGCUAAACUGGAUAUGCAACAAUGUCAAGGAUCACUAAGUGGAAGCUUGAGAAGAAUAAAGUGAAAGUGGUCUUUCGGCUUCAAUUUAAUGCUACUCAUAUACCACAAACUGGAUGGGACAAGUUAUUCAUAUCUUUUAGCCCUGCUGACUCUGGAAAAACGAUUGCCAAGACAACCAAAGCCAAUGUAAGAAAUGGAACAUGCAAAUGGGCUGAUCCAAUUUAUGAAACGACAAGGCUUCUUCAAGAUGUCAAAAACAAACAAUUUGAUGAGAAGCUGUACAAACUUGUGGUUUCCAUGGGCUCUUCACGGUCUAGUAUCCUGGGUGAGGCAACAAUUAAUCUUGCUGAUUAUGCUGAAGCAUCGAAGCCUUCUGCUGUUGCUUUACCUCUUCAAGGAUGCAAUGCGGGAACCAUAUUACAUGUCACAGUUCAGUUGCUAACAUCUAAAACAGGAUUCAGAGAAUUUGAGCAGCAAAGGGAACAUAGGGAGAGAGGUUUGCAGUCAGGAGAGAACAAACAUGAUGAAUCUGUUACCGGGAAAGUUCUAUUUUCAGGAGAGACUGACCAUGAUCAAAUUGAUAAGGUUAGUUCAAGGGUCAGAUUCAGACCAGAGGCUAAAGAACUCUCUUCUGUUGAGGAGGAAGUGGAACUAAACGAGGAACAUGCUGAUUUGACGGCUGCAUUUGAUAGCUCUUCCAAUACUUCAGAGAGUCUAUAUGCCGAAAAGCAUGAUUCAUCAAGUGCACAUGAAACUGAUAGUCAAGGCCUGCAGUCGGAGAAAGGUAAUAAAUCUGACAAUCUAGCAAUGGCCCAGAGUAGUAGUUCAGUUCAUGGAUGGGCGUCAGACUGCUCAAUGGAUAAAGAAUUGGCAAUUGCUUAUGAAGAGAAUAAUAGACUUAGAGCAAGCCUGGAAUUGGCAGAAUCAUCAAUUUUUGAGCUUAAGCUGGAGGUAAGCACUCUGCAAAGUCAAGCUAAUGAAUUGGGCUCUGAAACAGAAAAGUUUUCUCAUCUACUUACUGCUGAGAUAUCCUCUAGUGAAGAGUUGGCAAAAGAGGUUUCUGUCCUAAAAUCAGAAUGUUCAAAUUUCAAAGGUUGUAUUGAAAGACUAAGAACUUUGAAAUCAAGCUGUCAAAAUCAUGGUGGUGAAAGUUGUGGUGCUGAUUCUGGCCGCUUAGUUCAAGAUUUACAGCUUAGAUGGAUGAAAGGAAUUUCAGUGGUUGAAGAUAGAAUCAAAGAACUUCAAAAUAAAGUUUGUCUUGGAUUCUAUGAAAGAGACUACACGUUUCUUCAUUCGGAAUUGGAGGCAUUGCAUCAAAUUGUACAGGAGGUCAAACUAGGAGCAAGAGAUGAGAUGUCAUUGCUAAAUAAAGUAACAUCAGUGGAUGUAAAGGAGACUAAAGCAACAGAUUUACCCAAUAUCAAACAGCCAUUGCCAGGGCUUGGGUUGGAAUUGGAUCUUUGUACACCAGAAAAUUUGCUUCAUCAUAUCGGCAUACCUCCACUGGUUUCUCAAGGAACUGAUUCCACUGUUGCUAUUGAUGCAAUGAAAGCCAAAAUUUUUGAUCUGGUAAGAGAAGUGGAUGAGGCGAAGGUUGAAAGGGAAAAUCUGUUGAGAAAAAUGGAUCAGAUGGAGUGUUACUACGAAGCUCUUGUUCAAGAACUCGAGGAAAAUCAGAAGCAAAUGCUGGCAGAGUUACAGAAUCUGAGGAAUGAACAUUCAACUUGCCUUUAUACCAUCUCGAGUAGCAAAGCUGAAAUGGAAUUGAUGCGACAAGACAUGAGUCAGCGUGUGUUACAGCUUGCUGAUGAGAGACGUGAUUUGGAUACACUUAAUAAGGAGCUCGAGAGAAGAGCCGCUACUUCAGAAGCAGCUCUGAAAAGAGCCCGCUUGAAUUAUUCUAUUGCAGUAGAUAAGCUGCAAAAGGAUUUGGAGCUUCUUUCCUCACAGGUGGUGUCCAUGUUUGAGACUAAUGAGAACCUCAUCAAGCUAGCAAUUCCAGAACCUUCACAAUCACAAUUCUUUGGGUAUGCAGAUGUUGUUCAGAAUAUAGAAGAAUAUGAUAAUACAGAGCAGUUGCGGUUUCAGGAUCAACAUGUGAUUGCAAGGAAAUUAAUACUCAGUGGAGAUGUCCUUACUGAUGACUUGAAAAAAUCACUCUGCUUGCAGGAGGAGCUUUACAGGAAGGUUGAAGAAGAACUUGGUGACAUGCAUUCAAUUAACUUGCACUUGGAUAUAUUCUCCAUGGUUUUACUUGAAACUGUGUUUGAAGCUAAUGCUAAUGCUGGAAUGAUGAAGAGAGAUAUGUAUGAACUUGCUCAGCAGUUGGAGGCUUCGAAUCUCAACAAGGAGCAUUUGGCAAUAAGAUUGCAGGCUGCUUUGGAAGAUGUUCACAUUUUGCAUGAGGAGAAAGCAAGUUGCAUCCUCAGAUGCAGCGAUCUUGUUCUGCAGAAUCAAUCUUUGGAAGCUGAACUCGUGAGUCUUUCGAAGGCAAACUGUCUCCUCACGGAGAAGGUCAUGGAAUUGGAAGCAAUCAUGGUGCAACAUACAGAAACUCAGAAUAGAUAUGAAGCUUGUGUGGAAGAAAAUAUAGCACUCUCCACUUCAUUGAAGCAGGAAUUGCUGAACAACAGUAAGCUUCAAGAUGAAAUUUCACUUCUGAAGGAUGAUUUACUAACUGUCAGAGCCAACUCAGAGGACUUAGCUUCCUCAAAUGAAAAUCUUCAUGAAGAUAUUACCUUUGUGCAGGGUAAGUUGGCUGGUAUGGUGGAAUCUUAUGAGAAGGACCUAUCUCUUCCAUGCAAUUCCUCUUGCCAUGAGUUGGAGCUCAGGGAUAUAAGAGGUCUCACCAUGCAACUGGAAGAGGUGCACUAUAAUGUGUGUAGCAAGAUUCUUCAUCUUAUGCAGGAGAAGCAAAAUCUAGAAAGUGAAAAAUCAGUUGCUGAGGUGUAUUUGAAUGCUAGUAGAUCAGAAAUAAUUUCCGUGAAGCAAAAGUAUAAAAAUGAUAUACAGAGUAUGGCGGCUAAAAUUAAUGUGUCAACUACCCUCGUGGAGAAACUUCAGGUUGAACUUGAAUCUGUGACCAAUAAACUUCAACUUAACACUGAAGUUGAAGAAAAACAUGCACAACAGAACAGAGAGCUUCUGGAUGAUCUUGCUGCCUUUGAAGCUGAGCUACAAAAUUUUGCCUCAGAGAACGGGCAUAUUUCUCAAGAGAUCUUGGGCUUGGACUCUAUAGCUAACGAGCUUGAGCAGAAUGACUUAAUCAUUUCUGAACUAAUACAAGAGAAGGAGGAUCUCAUGACCUCUCUACACGACAAGGCUGAGGAAUUUGCCAAGCUUACAUCAGAAGUUAGUCACCUGAGAGACAAUUUGAGAACUCUGCAAGAUGAAUUGCAAGUUGAGAGAGGUCUUAAGGAUAAACUAGAGGGUUCAGUACAAAAUCUUACUUUGCAGUUGAAUGAGAGGGAUGACAGGUUACUGGAUUUGGAAAAGCAAAUUGCUGAAUUGGUACAUUUCAGGCAGCUGGCAUCAGAGUUAGAGAUUGAGAAAUCUAGACUUAGCCAUCUUUUGCUGCAGCAUGAUGAGCAUGCAGAAAAGCUUCAGGAGGAGUUAUCCUGUGUGUCUGGUUUAGAGGGCUCUGUAAGAGAUCUUGCUUUUCAAUUGAACGAGAAGCACGACAGGUUACUGGAUUUGGAAAAGCAAAAUGCUGAACUGGGGCAUUUCAGGCAACUGGCAUCAGAUUUAGAAGUGGAAAAAUCUAGACUUGAUCAGCUUUUGCAGCAGCGUGAUGAACAUAUCAUUAAGCUUCAGGAAGAGAUGUACUGUCUUUCUGGUUUAGAGGACUCAGUGCAACGACUUACCUCUCAACUGAACGAGAAGAAUGACAGGUUACUGGAUUUGGAAAAGCAAAAUGCUGAGCUGUCUGAGCUGGUGCAUUUCAGGGAGCUGGCAUCAGAUUUAGGAGUGGAGAAAUCUAGAGUUGAUCAGCUUUUGCAGCAGCGUGAUGAGCAUGUGGCAAAGCUGCAGGAAGAGUUGUCUGGUGUUUCUGGUUUAGAGUGCUCAGUUAGAGAUCUUACUUCUCAAUUGAAUGAGAAGCAUGACAAGUUACUGGACUUGGAAAAGGAAAAUGCUGAACUGGUAAAUUUCAGACAGCUGGCAGCAGAUUUUGAAGUGGAGAAAUGUAGACUUGACCAACUUGUGCAGCAGCGUGAUGAACAUGUGACUAAGCUUCAGGAAGAUUUGUCCUAUGUAUCUGGUUUAGAGAGUUCAGUGCAAGAUCUUACCUUUCAAUUGAACGAGAAGAAUGAUAGGUUACUGGAUUUGGAAAAGCAAAAUGCUGAUCUGGUGCAUUUCAGGCAGCUGGCAUCAGAGUUAGGAAUAGAGAAGUCUAGACUUGACCAUCUUUUGCAGCAGUGUAGUAAGGAAAUGGUAAAACUUCAGCAGGAGUUUUCCUAUAUUUCUGAUCUUAAAAGGCACAUGCUAGAAAUACAAGAGUAUGCCAUAGCUUCUGAUGUUAAGUUCACAGUUGCCAUGAGCCACUGUGAAACAGUGGAUCUAGAAUUUGUGCGGCAGCUGAAAUAUUCGGAUGGGUCCACUGCUGAGCUUCAGAAGAGAUGUCAUGAUUUACAGGCCAAGUUGAAUCAAUGCCUUGCAAGUGAGGCUUGUUCAAUUAAAGAAAACAAGGAGUUUCUAAGAUCUCUUUCUUCUGUUAGAUCUGAUUUAGAAGCUUCUACUGCUCAAAAUAAUGUUCUUUCAGAUGCCAAGUAUGUUAACACAGUGAAACUUGAGGAAUACAAGAAGGAGAUGAAAAUAUUGGAGGAUUCUCUUCUCGAAACUAAUAAUUAUCAUGCUCUUGAAGUGGAGAAGUUGAAGAACGAGCUGGCAAAUGCCGAAGAAGAACUUAAUUACUUGUCACUUUCCAAGGAAGAACUAGAGAUCAUGGUGAUUGUGCUCCGAGGCAAAUUAGAUGAACUGCAGCCCUACAAGAUUUUACAGGAGAAAAACAAAGAUGAAAUGGUCACCUUGCAGUUACAAUGUAAUGAGCUCACCCACAAGUGUAAUGAGCUUACUCAGAAGCUCUCAGAGCAGUCCUUGAAAACGGCAGAGUUCAAAAACUUGUCCAUCCAUUUGAAGGAGCUCAAGGAUAAGGCUGAUGCAGAAUGUCUCCGGGUUAGUGAGAAAAGAGAAUCUGAAGGACGACCAGUUGCUAUGCAAGAAUCCUUGAGAAUAGUCUUUAUAAAAGAACAAUAUGAAUCAAAGUUCCAAGAGUUGAAGCAACAAGUUUCUAUAUCCAAAAAGCACGGAGAAGAUAUGCUUUUGAAGUUACAGGAUGCAUUAGAUGAAAUCGAAAGCAGGAAGAGAUCUGAAGCUUUGCACUUGAAGAAAAAUGAAGACUUAGCUCUCAAAAUCUUGUCUUUGGAGUCUGAAUUACAGUCUCUGCUUUCUGAUAAGCGUGAAAUAAUGAAAGAUCAUGACAGAAUAAAGGCAGAAUUGGAGUGUGCUUUUCUCAGUCUAGAGUGUUGCAAGGAAGAAAAAGAAAAACUUGAAAUAACUUUGCGAGAACGAGCGAGAGAAUACUCCAGAAUUGCAACUGAACUUACUUCGACUAGAGAGCAGCUGAUGAAUGUCACAUCUUCUAUUGUAUCUAAGAGAGAAAAUGGCCAGAUGGGCAAAGUUGAACUUGCACCUAAUGAGACAAAUGUUAAUCCUUCUCCUGAUGCCACACCUCGAGAGGAUUCAUCUGAUGCCUGGAAUGUGAAGGAAACAACCUUAUUUAUGGAUGAUAGAAGUGAAGAAUCAAACUCACCAGUGAAACUUUUACUCACUUUGGAUGCUGCAUCAGUAGGUGUGCAUGCAACAACUGGAGAUGCACCUCUUGAAGUUUACUCACCACCGAGCAAUGGAAGGCAUAUAGAUUUCAGCAGUGAACAGUUUGGAAGCAGGAAUUUGAGGUCUAGCAUGGAACAUCUACAUGAAGAGUUGGAAAGGAUGAAACGUGAAAACUCUCUCAUUCCUGAGGACCAUUAUCCUGAUCCAAGCUUUGAAAUUUUUCAGAGCGAACUCAUGCAAUUACACAAGGCAAAUGAAGAGCUACGAAGCAUGUUCCCAACAUUCAAGGAUAUAGCUAGCACUGGUAAUGCAUUGGAGAGGGUACUUGCCCUGGAAAUUGAGCUUGCUGAAGCAUUGAAGGCAAAAAAUAAACCGAGUAUGUUCCAGAGUUCGUUUCUCAAACAACAUAGUGAUGACGAAGCAAUCUUCAAAAGCUUCAGAGACAUCAAUGAGUUGAUCAAGGAAAUGUUGGAAAUCAAAGAAAAGCAUGUAGCUAAGGAGAAUGAACUGAGGGAAAUGCACGAUCGGUACUCUCAGUUAAGCCUCCAGUUUGCUGAGGUUGAAGGCGAAAGGCAAAAACUGAAGAUGACACUCAAGAAUGUCAGAGCAUCUAGGACAAAGCUCAUGCAACUAAAUCGCUCUUCAUCCUCCGUCGUAGACAGUCUUUCAUAGGCACUCUUUCAAUCCAUUUGUUGAUUUGCUAGUUUCGAGAAGAGUGCCAACAUGCAUGACUUCCACACCUUGUCUCGCAUGUUAGCUCUAGAAGUUGGUUCACUUUUAUGGACAAGCUUGCCAAAGAUAAGUUCCAAAUAUGGAGGAACCAACCCUGCAUGCUGCCUUGCUCCUUGUAAAUGUUAAAACUGUGGCUGCCAGAUUUUGUAACCCAUUUAAGUUAUGUGUAGAUCUAGAUAUCCCAUAUAUUAUAGCCUCAUUUUUCCAUUUUUUACCUGUAUUUGGCUGUAAUAUUAUGUAUAGAAAUUAGAUUAUCCUGUAAUUAGCUCUGCUUCUCCUACUUUAAGCCACGCAAGAGGCAUAAAAAAUUGUUAUAUACUCAACUGCUCUGUCCUUUUGAGUUUUCAA